AAAAUGGCCUUAACAAAUAUUUCUGGUAUUCCUGACAAACAUUGGCAACCACCUUUCGUCUUUGUAGAAACAACCAUGGGCGAAAUCGGUAUUGAAUUAUAUUGGAAACACGCGCCAAAUACUUGUAGAAAUUUUGCAGAACUUGUAAGAAGGGGAUAUUAUAAUGGAACUAAAUUUCAUCGGGUUAUUAGAGAUUUUAUGAUACAAGGAGGUGAUCCUACGGGAACUGGAAAAGGCGGAGUGUCAAUUUAUGGAGAGUGUUUUGAUGACGAGAUUCAUGAUGAUUUAAAACAUACAGGUGCAGGAAUACUUUCAAUGGCUAAUUCUGGUCCCAAUACUAAUGGAUCACAAUUUUUCAUAACGUUAGCGCCGACUCAAUGGCUUGAUGGCAAGCAUGCAAUCUUUGGAAGGGUACAUUCGGGCAUGGCGAUAGUUAAGCGAAUAGGCCUCGUAGAAACUGAUAAAAACGAUCGACCAAUCGAUGAUGUGAAAAUUGUCAAAGGCUCAGUGAGAAAUUCUUAAUAAUAAUCAAAUCAUCAAAAUAAUUUAUUAUUUAUCCAUAUAAAUAAAUUAAUUAUCUUAAAAAAAAAAAAUUUUUACUUUAAAAAAAAACAUUUAUCUAAAUCGUUUUUCUCAUAUAUUUCUAGUUACAUAAAUCUUUUC